UAUAUUUUGUUAUUGUUAUGGUUCAAGUUCAAGUUUGAGUUCAAAAACGAAGGAGAAGUAAAUUUAAUAAUUAAGGUUCAGGUUCAGGUCUACGUUUGUUUCGAUUUCAAUGUCCUGUUCGGGAGAGCAAUCCAAAAAUGGAGAAAAACAAACAACUGCCGUCACAGUUGAGGUUACGCAAAAACGACGUCGCAAAAACACCUCAGAAUUUAAAUCUGAUCGAACAAUUCAAUGGACAAAUAGCUAUCUUAAAUCUGUCCAAGCUGACGUUGGGCAUCCGCGAGAAUAUUCGUUAGACCACAAUGUUCAUUCUAACAUACUUCAACUGCCGCUACAGCCAGGAAUUGUGACGAAAGAAUCUCUACAUGAUCAUUUUCAACGUACCUCAUGGAGUACAACAUUUCCAGUUCCUCUCAUAUCUCAGCAUAUCGUAUGUACAGAAAGUAACUGUAGCGAACGUAUUGACCCGAUGUAUCAUUUAGUAAAAGCAAAAAAGUCUUUCUUGAGUACACUAAAUAGAAUGAAGUUGAGUUAUCUACGGAAAAAGCGAUCUUUUAAACUGAUGCGUAAAAUGCAAACACGUGCCAAUAUUUACCCGAAUUUGCUUUUCAAAUUGGCGGAACAACUCGAAAGAGAUCCAGAUCAAUGGUUUUCAGACAAAUACGGCUAUGACCAUUAUUUUACCGGCGGUAGUUUGGUUGUCGUUGAAACGAAAAAGUUUCGAUGGAUCGUGAAUAUCAUUGGCGAAACGAUGCAUAUCGUCAAAAUAAUCCCUGUUGAUGUUGCGAAUAAUUUACUAAUGGAUACAAGUGAUACAAAGGAUUAUGAUUUGGGUGCUGAUUGUGGGCCCAUAUUUGAAACUUUUUGGUCUGUACCGGAUAAAUCUAAUAUCUGCCAAUCAACUGAAUUAGGAAACAUUAAAAUAGGUUUCCGACGGAAGAAACAAAUUAACAUUUUAUGGGGGAGAUCCAACCACACAGUAUUAAAACAAAAGACUAUCUGCACGGAAGUUCCAUUUAUUUCUAGUUGCUUCCUAGUUGAGUCCAGCGGAUGGGUCAUGUGCACGUCAGAUAUGGAAAAAAAAUUAAAAAUCUGGAAUUACAAUCAAAUGGUAGUGUUAGGAUCACUUCAGCUUGCUAGAGAAGAUUCUGCCGAUGAUGGCUGGUCUUGCAUUCGACCUUUUGGACAAAACCGUCUUAUCUGUUUAGAAAGAACAGUAAUAAGGUUUGUUAAAAUUAUCCGCAAAGACAUAAUAAUCGAUAAAACUUCCAGCAUUGCAAGUUGGCUAUGGACGUGUGACAGAGCGUCAAGUUUAGAAGUCAAUUUAGAAGAACGCAUCCUUUUUAUUGGAACCACUCAUAAAUUACUUCUCUUGCGCUUAGUGGAAUCGUCGGAUAACGAAACACAAGACUUCCAACAAAUUCUUACGUUUACCCACAACCUGAAACAUUAUCCAACAAUGAUUCGGUUCGCUCUACAUUCGGACGAAAAUUAUUACGUCUGGAUUUCUUCUCAGUUGCCCGGUGAUACAAAACUGUGUUGUUUUGCAAAAGUGCCACCGAAACGUUUUGCAACUAAGAACAUCCCGGUAAAACCUCUUUCGAUACAGGAGUCAUAUGCUUACGCGCGAACCGAAGGUAAAUGCAUCUUUCCCGCAAGAAUUUUACGUCGCCGCCUGCAGUUGUUUCAUUCUGGAAUAGCCAUAAUAGCCGAUUCAGAUCAACUUUAUCUCCUGCUCCAGAAUUCUCUAGGGGACAUAUUUCAACAGAAAAUUAUCUACGACCAGAGCGAAUCUAACAGCUCCGAAGUAUCAACUAGUAUACAAGCAUGGAUGGUUCAACUUAACUCGCUCAACGUGUCUCUGCCGGUAGCGACUGAUUUUAAAAACCUGCAUGGAUUUAAGAAAAUUUUCCAAUCAACCUCGUAUUCUAAUCCUUUAUCCACUGAAUCAAUUAACAACAAACAUUCUCUCCGCAAGCGACCUCGUUGGGAACAGACGGUAGAACAGCUUGGCCAAUAUCGCGAUUUAUUGGCGGCAGAUAUGCUAUCGAUAUGGGGAUUCAGACCAAAUGUGGCUCAACCGGAACGACGACUGUCUACUGAACUGCCAAUCAACGUAACCGAUCGAAUCUCUAACUGGUUGGAGCAAACAGAAGAAAUGACAGAACCAUUCAUACUACAAGAUGAAAUCGUUGAAGAAAAACCGAUAGUACAGCUAGGCACUCCAAGUGACGACGAAAACAAUUCCGUGGAAAUGGUUGAGGAGACGAUACCCAUGGUUUCCAUUCCCGUAGAUAAAGCUGCAAAAAAUAUGGCAUUUAAAAGUGUGCAUUUGGAAAGAAGCAAAACCAUAAGUAAGACAGCUAGAAAAAAGUAUGUGCAAGGCUUCUAACCUGCUAGAGAUUAUUUUAAUUGAUUUUUUGAAUAGUUGGUAAGAAACUAAUAAGCAUAGUUAAAACACGCUUUAAUAUUUAUGCUAUUGUGAAUAUUCUAUU